GCACACUCAAUCCACAUGAGAGUAGCAGUGCUGCUGCCGUACCGGGAGGAGUGGGACCGUCGCCACUCCCAGACUCACAAGAGACCACACGAGAUUCAUCAGAAGAUACACAGAUUGUCUCUACUUCCGACUCGCAAAGUAAUCACACAUCUGGCGCUGCGGAUGAAGAGGAACACCCCACAACAAAGCGUAUGGCAAUGAGGACGAGGGAUACAAAAUCUCAUGGCGACAAAGGAAGUAGCGCGAAGGGAGAAUAUUUCUCACGAUUUUCUACUCAACACCAACCCUCGGGCGGAUCUGCACCAGCACCAGAUCCCCAAACCCCUGUUCGAGGAAAGCGAAAGCCCAACUGGCGCGGUUGGGUGGAGGUGCAAGAAGGGGAAGCGUUACCCACAAACAACCAAGACCAGUUCGAGGCAAUAAGACGAGCAGCAGCCGAGGCUGCAGAGGCGGAGAGUGGAGCAGCUGGUCGUAAGUCGUUGAGAGAAAAGAGGAGCUCUGGACCUUCAGAUUUGCGGGGAGGAAAUCAGUUGCCCAAGACUAGGAAAACCAAGGAUAAACAUCAAAGCGGUCGAAAGCAGAAGCCAGAAAUCAGUAAUGAAGGACUAAGACAAGCAAAACGAAACGAAAAAGAGGGAAAGAGUAGAGGAAGGGAAGUGGAGAUGGGAAAGCAGAAAGAGAAGGAGCUGCGGACUGCCGUUAUCGCGAAAGAAAGCACACCCGACGGCUCGCGAACGAAUGCAACGUCACCUGUCCCACAACAGCAACGAGCUGGUCAAACUCAAGAUUUAGCGCCUCACGAUUCGUUGGGCGGGGACGCGAGUGUUCUUGGUGAGAAAGCCGAAGAAUUGGAAGAAUUGUUCACUAUGUAUCCUGAUUGCCUUGGUAUCAUUCAAAGCAAUAUUCUUUCCAGACUGGUAUUAGAGGAGGCCCCAAACAAAGGGCCCGAGUAUGAUAAGAUCCACAAACUACUGUCUCAAACAGUUCUAGCAGGGGAAGGAAAUUCCAUGCUCAUUACUGGACCUCGAGGAACUGGCAAGACAAGACUUGUCGAGAUGGCAGUAUCUGAUCUUCAACGAAAUAAUAAAGACGACUUCCACGUCGUUCGCCUCAAUGCUUUCAUACAUACAGACGACAAGAUCGCCCUCAGAGAAAUAUGGCGGCAACUAGGUCGGGACAUGAACGUUGAUGACGAACUCGCUAGUGGACGUACGAAUUACGCUGACAUCUUGACAAGCCUAUUGGCACUUCUAUCCCACGAGGAAGCUCCAUCAGCGGAGGAGCCUUCCCCGCGAAAUCGCUCAAUUGCCAAGUCGGUCGUGUUUGUUCUCGACGAGUUCCAUCUUUUUGCCUCUCACCCUCGCCAGACACUUCUCUACAAUCUGUUUGACCUUGCUCAAUCUUCUACAACUCCUCUCGCCGUGAUCGGCCUGACGACGCGCACAGAUGCCGUGGACAUGUUAGAAAAAAGGGUGAAGUCCCGAUUUGGCCAACGGAUGGUUCAACUUACCCCGCCGCGAACACUAACGGCGUUCAAGGUCAUCUGUCGGGAGGCCCUCAUGUAUCGUUCUCGAAGCCCAACGAAGUCCGCCUCUAGAUUCGCGCAUCCAAGUCCAUCGCUCGGUCCCAUCGUCGAAGCAUGGAAUACCUACAUCCCACUGCUCCUUUCCUACCCCGAAUUAGAUCAUCACAUUGAAUCUAUAUACUCUACAACCCGUCAACCCUCGUCCUUUUUUAUCUCCGCCCUCCUCCCGAUCCUGUCUCUGAAUCCCCAAUCACCGGUUCCAACAGCUUCGUCUUUCUCACUCAAAUCCCUUCAACCACCAGAUUCUCACCUCGCAUCAGUCCUUCCAUCUCUCUCAACCCUCGCAUUAUCCUUACUCAUUGCAGCUGCACGUCUCGAGAUCAUCCUCGCUCCGAAUCCCACGACCAACACUGCGAUAUCGAACAUGGCCCGCACCGCCGCCUCUGGCCCAAGUGGCGUCAACUUCGAGACUGUGUACGCAGAGUACAUGUCGCUCGCUACGAGAAGCAGAGCGAGCGCAUCAGUCGCUGGACAUGUUGGCGUAGGGGGGGCAGAAUAUGGGGCAAGGAGGUUGCGGAAGGGGAGUGGGAACGACUUGUGGAGUUGA